UGCUGAAAUGUAUACAGUUUGGAAAUCAUAUUUCUUGUUCUAUCCAGAACAAUGAUUCAUCCUUCUAGUGAAGCUGUGGCUUGCCUCUGCAUGUUUUGCAAUGCUGGCUGGCUUCAUAAUAGCAUAACUGCGUGUUGUGACUCCUACCAGAUUUCUCGGCAAACAUCUGAGCGAGGAGCAGGCUAAUUCUUUGAACGAUGGCAUUCGCUUUUAGACAAUUCUUCCUGGUAGCUGCAGAUUUAAUGCUUGCCUUGGUCCUCUCCUGCUUCCUUUAUGCUUUCGUGUGCAUCUGCACUGCAUUCCUCACCUGCUUUGUCAUCGUUUUCUCCUUGGGGAUUGUGAAGAAAAUGGAGAGAAAUAUUGACAUAAAAGGGAGAGCUGUUAUGAUUCUAGUGUCCAACAGCUCCAUCGGACGGACGUUUGCCAGGAACCUGGACAAGGCAGGUUUCAGAGUGUCUGCUGCAUGCUGGCCACCUGAAAGAAAGUGGGCAAAGGUUCUGAAGGAGGAGUAUUCUCCAGACAUGAAGCUGGCACAACUCCCUAUAACUGAGGAUGAGUAUAAGAUGACAAUGAAAACCUUGAUAGAAAAGCACUUAUCUCUGAAAGGCAUGUAUGGGCUGAUGAAGAAGCCUUCGGUCUUGAUGUGGGAAGAACAGGAGCCAGACACAAACAGAUUCUCUGAGGGAAAAACUUCUUAUAAAUGGAAGGAUGUUUGCAUAACUCCCGCCUUCCUCAUGGCACUUCUCUUUCUCCCUGUGAACUAUGUAGUGACUUUUGCAAAGAAGAAAAGCCAGCAGUUACUUACUAGCCUGCUGAAAUCCAAAAACUGACAGUGCAGUAGUUGUCCCCCAAGAUCCCCUACCUGUUGGCAGGGUCACUAAGAUGGAAGGAAAUAAUGAAGAACCUUCCUGAAAGACUGCUGAACAUCGAGCUUUCAACAUACGCUGUGCUAUGACUUGGCUUAAUUGAAGGACAAACUGUUGGUCUUUCAUCUUUCAAAUUGCAACUCAGAAUUAUCAUUACCCAUGUGAAAUGUAGUCCAGUCCUGGCCCACAGAAAAGAACUGCAGUUAAAUUCAAACUGAGCCCAAACUAACCAUUUUAAUUCAACCAUGUCAAAAAGUUUUGUUUUGAUGAAAGCUGUUGAAAUGAAUUGUUUUAACAUUUCUGAAUUGAAAGUUUUGGUUUCUAGCCAAAAAUGUUUGACCUUCAGCUUUUCACCAAGAAGUCACCAUUUUCUGCAGUAAGCAGACACUUUUUUUUAAAAUUCAUUUAGUCCAACACCCAAUUUGCAGUUGAAAAACAGUUUCAAUGGAACAUUUUUAAUCAGCUCCGGUGAGCAACAACAUUUUGUCCAGAAAUUCCUCGUGCAGUUUCAGUUGAAUAAUGUAUUCUUUAUUUUCUCUGCUAAACUGUUGUGUAUCAUUGAUGUGGGCUUUUAAAUAGCUGCUGUUUCAUGGAUGGUUAAAUGAUACCUAUUUGUUUUCACAGUGGUAUGUAUAGCCUGAUUGUACAGUCCUUAUUUGGACAAAACACCUGUUGGCUUCAAUGGAAAUUUUGUUUGCUUAAAGAUGUGAUGAUAGGUUUAAUUUGUUUAUAAUGCUUUAUGAUCCUUUGGGAUAAAGGAAACAAUACAUUUAUAAAAUUAUGGCUUUAAGGCAAUGCUGUCGUGAAACCCAAUUGUGGUAUACCUUCCCUUAGAAUAUUUUAAUACAAAUUAGCUACAAAGUAAUGCAGAAUUUUUAUGUUGAUAUUUUCAAAGCUGUCUAGGAGAUCAGAACGCCAAACUCCCUUCAGUUUUUGUGGAAGUCAGCCACCUAAAUCCUUUAAGCAGUCUUGAAAAUCUCAGUCAUAACGUGUAACAACAUUGACAUAAUUCACUGUUAAAGCUAACACCUUAGCACACUUAUUAUCACCAUAUGUCCCUAUUUAAAAGCCAAAGGGCAACCUAAUUUUUCCAGACCAAAACAGAUACACAAAAAUCAGAGCUGGUCAAAAUUAUUCAUUCAUUUUUUUAAAAAGAGUUCUUUUUUCUGAAGCAAAUGUUUUUCCUUUCCUCAUCCCCACCAAAAAAAAAAAAAAAAAAAUAGAAAAAAUGGAAAAGGAGAGAAAAAGCCUAAAAAAUGAAAAACAAAAACACAACUUCAUUUUAGGUUUCAAAAUUAAUAUAUUUUCAUGUUUUCAUUUUUUUUUGGCAGAACACUGACAAAAUUCAAGAGUUUUGAGAACAUUUUCUGGAAAACAAUUCCACACACCACCCCAUCACCUCCAAACAUACUCACCAUUUUCCAGCCAGCUCUAAUGAAAAUGUAGCUGGGCUACAAAUGUUCAGUCCCAUGGCAACUAAACCCUCAAAUUCAAGAAGUGACAAUGGAAAUGACAGCUGAGCACUAAAGCCCUGAACCUUCUCUCAUUGAACUCAAUGGCAAAAUGCCCAUUAAUGUCACAUGUCCAGGACCAAGCUGUAAAUACACCUGCCUUUCCAGGGUAACCCUCUCAGAACAUUUCCCAGCCAAAAAGGUUUUUUUUACAUUACAUGAGCGCUGACACUCUUUUCAUUUUCAAAAAUAUCACCGUGGCAAAUGUUAAAACCAAUCACAUUCUUUGCCAGCUGCCUUUAUCAAAGCCACAGGUCCCUAUAUGCCAACUCUAGCAAUGCAGUCCAAAAACACAGUACAAGGCCAAUAUCAGUACAAUUCCACUGGGAUAGCUGCUCCUCAGAGUGGUAAUUCUCCUGUUAGAAUACCUUGCUGUAUUUUCAGGCCUGGUGCUGCAGACUUCCCUUACACGACUAGUGUUUACUCACAUAAGCAGUCAUACUGAAGCCAGUAUAAGUACGGGCUACGCACCUGCAUAAUGAUCUGCAGGGCUGGAGUUUAAGAUAAGAAGGUCUUUGGGGGCAGGAAUACCAUUUUAUGUGCUCGUAUCACUGCUGAAAAGCACUGUAAUACAAUGCAAAUAAUAAAUAGCCAUUAUGGUGGUGUGAUUUUAUUUUAUUAUUGCUAACUUGAUUAA